UUCUUCAAGCACUUAGCGGGCAAAGCAGAGAUUGAAGGCGACCAUGCCAAGUAGAAAGAAAGCUUCUAAAAAACACGCAACUAUCUCGAAAGCAAGCUUUGUUCCUCCUCAAGAGCAAGAUUACUAUGAAGGGGAACGUCUUGCUUCUCUUCUCAAAUCGGUUCGGAGAUUAAACUUCAAUCCCAGGAGAUCAGCAAGACUCCGGGAUGGGAACUCCUUACCUGAAAAAAUAUGGUUCAAGCAACAGUUCUCAAUUGGGGUCAAUGAUGUCACUCGUGUCCUUGAACGGAUGCCACCAAUUGCUCAAGUGAGAAGCUCAACUCAACAGCCCCAUUCAAUUUGCAGCAAUCAUAUGGACCAGCUUCAGGUUGUAUUGUUGGCUUCUGAUUGCAACCCUUGGUGGCUGACAAAGCAUCUUCCAAUCUUGGCAUCAUCAAGGAGCGUUCCACUGAUCCUUGUCAAAGAUAAGAAAGGAGGCUCGUUGAGGUUGGGUGAACUUUUUAAACUCAGAACAGCAAUGGCGAUUGGAGUGAAGUCUCUCACAAAAUACAGGCUAAAGGAAAUGCCAUUAACCAGCUUUUUGAGAAAAUGGUGAAGAAAUAAAUCAUGGAACCAAUUGCAUCAACACAAUUGCAAUGCCUGAUGCACCAUGUCAGUGGCAUGUACGAUGAACAGUCAUGAAAGGAGUUUGAACCCAUGGCAGAAAGGGAGGGAUGGAAAGGCUGCUGUCCAGAAGCAGUUGCUUGAGACCAACUCGCACAUCUUAUUGGUCGUGUGAGUUUGAUAGCUUCUUUCAAGACCCUGAAUAAUGAUAUAUCAAAUUUUUGCAAUGGUUCACUCCGUCUACAUGCCUCAGGAUAUGUCAAGAUCUUUGGGAAUGUUUUUUUAAUUGAUCUUAUGGUUUUAUUUAUGUUCUCGUAAUUGUUUUAGUAUACAAGUCCUUGUAAAUAAGGGGAAUUCAUGAAAUAUUUUAGGAGUAAUUACACUCUUCAACUAUAUAUUAUUUGAAAAAUGAUUUGUAUAGUCCAAA